AUGCUGAGAUCCCCAUUUCUGCCACUGUUACGAAAUGCUCGGAGGCCAAUCCCUUCAGCUGUCUCACGCCUCACACUCGUUCCAGUCAAUGGUAUCCACAGCAGCUACGGAAGCGAAUCAGUGGAAAAUGAUUUCAAGUACGCAAGUCUCCAACAAAUGGAGUUGGCAGUCGAAGAAAUCAGACAAGCUCUCGGAGAAGACGCUGUGAGCAUUGAAGAUGACAUUCUACUUGCACACGGCUACUCGGACUGGUCCACAAUUAACAUAGAUAGGCUGCCCGUUGCAGUCACGUUCCCUACAUCAACAGAGGAAGUAGCAAUAAUUGCCAAGAUUUGCCAUAAAAGACGCGUCCCCAUGAUUCCCUAUUCCGGUGGUUCAAGUGUUGAGGGUCAUUUCUCAGCCCCAUUCGGUGGCGUAAGCGUUGAUUUUGUGAACAUGAAUCAAGUUCUGCAGGUACAUGCCGACGAUUUGAACGUCGUUGUACAACCGUCAGUACCCUGGAUGGAUCUCAAUGAGAAGAUUCAAAACACUGGUCUCUUUUUUCCAAUUGACCCUGGUCCAUCGGCACAAAUUGGGGGUAUGGUCGGUACGAACUGCAGCGGCACAAACGCUGUGAAAUACGGGACUAUGAAAGAUUGGGUUGUGAACCUGACAGUGGUCUUGAGCGAUGGCACUAUCCUCAAAACUCGCCGGAGACCGCGAAAGUCAUCAGCUGGCUACAACCUCAAUUCUUUGUUCGUGGGAUCGGAAGGGACCUUGGGAUUCGUCACCGAGGCCACACUUAAACUCGCCCCGAUCCCAGAGCAAACUGGAAUCGCGGUACUCACCUUCCCAUCCGUCAAGGCAGCUGCCAGUAUGGCAAUUGAAGUUAUCCGCCGUGGUGUACCCAUCAGCGCAGUGGAGAUUCUUGACGAGGUCCUCAUGAGCGUUAUCAACAGGAUAGGUGCCACUUCCAAAGAUUGGGCCGAAGUCCCGACGUUAUUCUUCAAGUUCAGUGGCAGUGAUGCAACUGUCAAGGAUGGCAUUGCUCUUGUGCAAAGUAUAUCCAAGAAUCACAGUGUACAGAACUUUCAGUUUGAAAGCGAUCCGCACAAGCAGAAAGCCCUAUGGUCAGCUCGCAAAGAAGCACUCUGGAGCAUGAUGGCAUUGAGGGAAACGGAUGGACACGUAUGGUCUACCGAUGUAGCCGUGCCUCUAUCACGAGUCGCGGAACUCAUCGACGUAUCCAAGAAAGAUCUUGUCGAGCUCGGUAUAUUCGGGAGCAUUCUCGGACACAUCGGUGAUGGUAAUUUCCACGAGACAAUUCUCUUUCAAGAGAAUCAGCGCCACGAAGUUGAGAAAUGUGUUGAUAGAAUGGUCUUGCGGGCUCUUGAGAUGGAGGGUACUUGCACAGGCGAACAUGGUGUUGGUCUAGGAAAGAAGGAAUUCCUCAGGGAGGAAGUCGGUGAAGCGCCGAUUGAGGUUAUGAGGGCAAUAAAGUCCAGUUUGGACCCCCUUUGGCUCAUGAACCCCGGUAAGAUCUUUGAUCGGAAAUAA